AUGUCCUCUGCUCAUGAUGCCACCACCAAGAUCUCCAUCGACAAGUUCGACGGCGACAACUACGCGACGUGGAGCCGCUACAUGCGUGGCGUGUUCCUGACCAAGUCGGCGUGGCACGUGGUGAACCGGGAGACCACCCCCACCUUCGCCGAUCCUCGCGCCAGUGACGACUACAUCAAGACGAACAACAUUGCGUUCGGCUUGAUGCUGCUGCACAUGAGCGCGGAUUAUCAUCACGUGGUUGAUGACUGUGAAGAGGCGUGGGUCGCGUGGGCGCGUUUGAAGACGCUGUACGGCGGGUCGCAGAAGGCUGGACGCAUCUACUUGAAGCGCCAGCUGUUCAGCAUGGAGAUGGCGGAAGGCGGCAAUGUGAUGCAUCAUUGCAACGAAGUCCUCAACAUCAGCGCGAAGCUCAGCAGCAUCGGCGCCAAGAUGGAGGACGAGGACGUGGCGAUCUGCUUGUUGCGCAGCCUCCCCAAGAGCUACGAGAACGUCGUUCUCAACUUGGAGAUGAGCAGCGCGGAACUGCGAUCGCGAGACGUCGUGAGAGUGCUCACGAAUGAGCACAUCAAGAGACAAGGUGACAAGACGACAUCGGUGAAGACUGAAGACGCGGCGAAGGCGUUCAGUGCCGAGCGUGAACCUCGCCAGUGUACAUACUGCGGAAAAUUGGGGCACACGGCGGAGCGGUGCUGGACCAAGCAGAAGGACGAAAAUCAAGGUGGAGCUCGACGCGGCGGCAACAAUGCUCGUGGACGCGGAGCCAACAACGUUCAGUGGCGAACCAACAGCAACUACGAUGACAACUACGAUCGAGUUGCGUUCGCGGUUUCGCUGGAGGCUGGACUUUCGACGGGCAAGAAUAUGCCAGGGAUGUGGGCAGUCGACAGCGGUGCGACGCAUCACAUCUGCAACGACAAGGCCAAGUUUGCAAGCCUGAAUGAGCGAGAGGAAGGCGAACUAUCAGUGGCUGAUGGCAGCAAGGCUGCGAUCAAGGGUGUGGGAACCAUCAUGGAACGGGUGGUUCUGCCCAAUGGUGACGAACGCGACAUCGAGAUCAAGGACGCACUGUUCGUACCAAGUAUGAGCAAGAAUCUGCUUUCGGUGCCACAGAUCAACAAGGGUGGCAGGUUCCAAGUCGUGUUCGAUGGAUCCAAGAUGCAAGUGAAGCGCAAGAAUUCCACACAAGUCGUGGCAACAGCGGAUCUCGUCGAUGGACUUUACUGGCUGCGGACUCCUCAACGAUCGGCAAAUGCAGCAACACGCAAUGGGACCAUCGACUUGCAUGCGCGCAUGGGUCAUGCACCCCUCGAAGUUCUGCGCAAGAUGGUGGCCACUGGCAUGAUCAAGGACGCCAAGGUACCUCUCAACUCGACUGGUCCAAGUGUGUGUCGCGGUUGCCAGCAAGGAAAGAUGGCCCAAAAACCAUUCCCAACCAACCGUGACAAACGCCAAUAUGGUGUGUUCGAGUUGCUGCACUUCGACAUCUGCGGGCCAAUGGAACAAGUCUCGAUCGGCGGCAGCAGAUACUUACUGCUUGUGGUUGACGAAGCCAGCGGUUACAUGAAGGGCUUCUGUCUGCGGUCCAAGUCUGAGAGUGAAGACUGUAUCAAGAACCACAUCAUCAAGAUUCAAACUCAGUUCGGCACUGUUGAAAAGACAGCGGCUGUGAAGAAGACACCUCGUCAAGCUGCGUCAAGUGUUGAAGCAAGUGGAAGACCAAGCUUCGCUAUACCGGUGGGUACCGGUAUGUACCAGUAA